CAAGUUCAUUAUUUGAUUAUUAUAUUUAAUGAUGGUGAUAGUAUAAAAUAUAAUUCGAUAGACAGAAUAUCAUGAAUUAUUAGCAGAAAUCUUCAAAAAAUAUGGAUGAGAGCUGGUGUUAGAAGUGAAAGGCAAAAUAAGGUGAAUUUGAUGGUAAUUUAUUCACUGAGUAAUUAAUGAUGUUUUGGAAGAAUAGCUAAGAAAAUGUUUAAAAGAAGUUGAGAAGUAGAAGAUGAGAAAUAUUUAAUGAUAAAUGAUAAGAAGCAGGAUUAUAAGAAUUUAAGGUAAAGGAAUUAAUAUAGGAAUUUGAUAAUAAGAAUACUAGAAUAAUAGCGUAAAAAAUAAUAAUAGUAAAUAAUUGAUGUUUUAUUUGAAAAUGAUUAUGUAUUGUUGAAUUGAUCGAUAGAAUUCAUAUUUUAGUUUAAGAGGAACAGAGUUUAAUUGAUAAUCUACUUAAAGCUAGUUUAGAAUAUACAAAAUCUACUUACGCCAACAUCAUUCCGCAUUUAAUGGGAGUUUGGAAAUAAUUAAAUCAUUAAGGAGGAGAAACCAUGAAGAAAUUUUAGCUUAAGUAAUUGUAUGAAAAAUUUUGUUAUAUAGUAUGUA